CAGGGAGUCGGCAGACAGUCGAGGCAUAGUAUAUAAAUAAUACUUCGCACAUAGUUGGACCAGUCCGGUCGCGACCAUCGCACCUGCAACAACAUAAUGCGAUCCGUAACCUGGUCUCAAUAGUUAAAUUGAAGCUUAACACACAAAUUUUCACGUCUUGUACAUUAAUUAUACCUAUAAUCAAAACGGCUGUAGCGACAGUGCAUCGAAAAAUUCGAAUUUUGUCGAAUUUUCAUCCAGCAAGAGAAAAGAAAUUGACGUAUCGCGAUGUCCCACGAUAACCUUGGAUUUACAUCCAGCACGAAUGCUGUGGACUCGAAAAAUCGAUUCUCGUCGACGGCGGACACUCGAAACAGUUACGGUCUCAAGGAAAAUGCAAAUGUUUACGUUGUGGAGCUGGAGGACAAGAAGAAAAAAUACAUUAAGGAACUCGAAGGCGAUUACGAACCGUACGAACAUCGCGAGGUACAGCACGCAACCACAAACUCCGAGACCCUCUUCCACCUACUGAAAGGCAGUUUAGGCACCGGUAUACUUGCCAUGCCAAAGGCCUUUUACGAUGCCGGUUACGUUGUCGGUUUUGUCGGUACCUUCGUCAUAGGACUCCUGUGCACUUAUUGCAUACAUCUCCUUAUAAAAUCCGAGUACGAAUUAUGCAGGAGACGAAAAGUACCCGCACUGAGUUAUCCCGCGACUGCAGAAGCUGCGUUGAACGAGGGUCCGUUGAUUUUUCGAAAAUUCUCAAAAGCGUCCGUCCACGUUAUCAACGUUUUCCUCCUAAUUUAUCAACUGGGCACGUGUUGCGUCUACGUCGUGUUUAUCGCCACCAAUUUACAUUCGGCACUCAGCAAUUACGUAGAUAUCGGAGUAAAAAUGUAUAUGCUCAUCAUACUUCUACCGUUGAUCCUUAUAAAUUGGGUGAGAAAUCUGAAGUUCCUGGCGCCGUUUUCGAUAAUCGCAAAUGUCAUCACUUUCAUCAGCUUUGGCAUAAUCGUGUACUACAUCUUCAGAGAAGUGCCAAAUUUUGAAAAUCGCGCGCCGAUCGGCCAGGUUCAAAAUUUCCCGCUUUUCUUCGGCACCGUGUUGUUCGCCCUGGAAGCCAUUGGCGUGAUAAUGCCGUUGGAGAAUGAGAUGAAAUCUCCAAAAUCUUUUGCCAGCACCUGCGGCGUUCUCAAUAUCGGCAUGUUCACUAUUGUCUUCCUUUACAUGGGAAUGGGUUUCUUCGGGUACAUUUGUUACGGCGAUAACAUUAAGGGAAGCAUAACCCUUAACCUUCCCGACGAGAUAUUGGCCAAGGUUGUACAAAUUCUUUUGGCUCUCGCGAUAUACGUCACACACGCCCUUCAGAACUACGUGGCCGUCGACAUUUCCUGGAACGAUUACGUUGGUCCUAUGUUCGAAAAAAAUCCAAGGAAAAUCGUAUGGGAAUACGUGAUGAGGACCUUCCUCGUUCUACUGACGUUUUCGUUGGCCGUCGCUAUACCCGAACUCGAGCUCUUCAUUUCUUUGUUUGGUGCACUCUGUCUCUCCGCACUUGGUCUUGCAUUCCCGGCCAUCAUUCAGACUUGCACCUACUGGAGCGUAAUAGGACGUAACGAGAAGAUCCUGAUGGUCGCGAAAAAUGCGUCCUUGGUGGCAUUCGGUAUGCUAGGUUUAAUCGUAGGCACGUAUACCAGCCUUAGGAAGAUAAUCGAGACCUUCUCGUAAUUCACCGCGAUACCGAGAGAUGGCGACACUCGUGAGUGUCGGUAAGGAAGACAGGGCGACGGAUAAAGAGGAAACGUUAUGGCGUCACUGAUCGUAAAAGAAAGUUUCCCGCACCGAGACGCCCAAUCGAAGAUCCCUUUUUGAGGACGAUAAUAAGUAUAAAUACUAAAUGACGGAUACUUCACGAGUGACUGUAUACAUAUAUAUAUACACGCGAGUCAUUAUAAGUUACAAAAGACAGUACGUGUAUCUCGUACAGAAUAAUAAUAGGUAGAAGUGUUUCCGGGCAAUUCUUUGUAAUUACAGUCGGACUUCUCUAUACGCCACAGUUCCCCACUACCUCCUCGGAAGUGAGCAUUACGAACGCCUACCCCAUCACCAACUUAUCCAUCUACCGGAAACUGUAGUCAGUUCGCAAGUUCAACGUAUCCUUUUGACAGAUGAAAAAAAAAAAAACGACGCCUUAUCACAGAAUUAUUAGAAACUAUGACUAAGGUCAAGAUCAUAUCAGUAAUAUAUUU